AGAAGAACGAUAUUUGAAAAGAUCAGAAAUUCCAAUCUCCGCAUCAAAACAAAUAAUUUUUUGGCAAAAAGCCAAAAAGGUGAACAACAGUUUUCAGAAAAGUUUCUGUCUUUUACUGUCAUCAACAGGAAUCUCUCCAACUCUCUCUGUCUCUUGCUAUCUCUAUCUCUGUGUGCGCGCUUCAAUCCUUCUUCGUCUCGCUGUUGCAGCUGGAAAUUUGGGGUUAGGGUUUCAGUUUCACCACAAAUGCGACGGAAAUUCGGUCACAUAUCAUUGGCAUUCCUGCUCAAAUUCUUCAAUUUUGUUCAAGCAUUCUUAGGUGUUUCCAUAAUUCUCGACUCCGUAUGGAUGCUCAAUCAAUGGAACCGCCGCAUUCCUUUCUCUCCCCCGCCCUUUGCAUCUCCCUCUCCAGAUCCUUCUCUUUCCCUUUUGCCCGAUUCCCAAUCCCACUCGCUUAGGGUUCUUAACCUCGUGUCCCAUUUGGCUUAUGGGAUGGAUGAUGAUGGACUCGACCUUGGUUUGAAUUCUUUCAAGCUUCCAGCUCCGUGGUUCAUCUACUGUUUUAUGGGUGUGGGCAUUGUAUUAUGUACCAUUCCUCUCAUUGGUUGCAUUGCAGCUGAAGCUAUUAAUGGCUUUUGCCUAUGCGUUUACACCAUACUCAAGACUGUACUUAUUCUGCUAGAAGUAGCCUUGGUGGCAUACAUUGCAAUUGAUCAUCGCUGGGAGAAGGAUCUUCCUUUUGAUCCAACCGGAGAACUUCAAAGCCUUCGGUCCUUUAUUGAAGAAAAUGUUGAUGUUUGUAAAUGGCUUGGCAUUACAAUAAUCACAAUACAGGUACUAUCUCUACUGCUUGCAAUAAUUCUGCGAGCUCUGGUCUCUACCCCCGGAGCAGAUUCAGAAUGUGAGGAUCAUAUUGAGAAUGUUGGAGGUGGAACUUGGGAGCCACUCCUAAAUCAAUCAAGUCAAACAUCUGGCUCAGGGACUCAUUCAGAGUCCUGGAUCGCACGGAUAAGAGAGAAGUACGGAUUGAACAUCAGUGAUAAAACUAAUGCACUAAAUCAGAAUAAUGGAUCAUGAGCAUGAAAUCCAAGUAAUUAAGGUCAGAGAAGCUCCUUCCCAUAAGGCUAAGAAAAGGAGUCUCACACGACGUUAGAUUGUUGCUUUUAGUCGCAUUAAUCUUCUUGUUUCCUGGAGGAGGUUGUGAUGUGUAUAGGUCUUCACAAGUUUGUUAAGUUGUUUUUUUUACUUAUCAGGUAACGUUUUCUGUAAGGUUGAAAACUGUGCUUCUAAUAUCAUGUUCUUGUAGUCAUUAGCAAUGCUUUGAUGUUGACAUAUACAUUUUGCUGAGAUAAAUUUUGUGUUCCUUUGAUUUAUCAAGGCAUUUCUUCUUCUCA